AUGUGGGUGGUGGAGAAGAUCCGUGUGUCAGUGGAGAGAUCUAACCUGCCAAUCCCAUCAGCCGAACUCAGUUUUAAAAUUGGGGACAUCAUGUUUGGAGAAAAAGCUGAAAAACCCAAAAGGAUUUCUCUCUGUCCUUAUGUCAUCACCCCCGACAACAUCCCAGAGUUCUGCAUCCCCCCAACAAUCCCAUCCCUGCAGGAGAUGAAGAACGCGGAGCAGAGCCGAGCUGCGCGGGUUAUCAAGGUGUCUCCCUGUGAGAGGGUUAGCCCCGAAAUAGAGGUGACACAUUAUGAGCCCAUGAACUCGCACAUUAUCCAGGUGGAGAGUGUGGAUGAGGGCCCCUAUGAUGGCUGCAGCGAUGAGGAGACCACCAAUGCGGACCCCCAGAGCCAGGCUGCCUUGUCCCUGCCACACAUGGCCAAAGCUCAGACCUGCUACGGCUUUUGCACCUUACUGGAGAGCCCCCACACCAGGAGAAAGGAGUCGCUCUUCCACUCCGAUCCUGGCUCCUCUCCCCUGCUGCUGCCCAGGAGUCGAUCCAGCGUGUGCUCCAAAGUCUCCCCCUCCACCUCCCCCUCCUCCUCUCCUUCCUCAUUCAGCCUCAACAGCCUGACCUCCAGGCUUUCCCCGAGAGGAUACACCCUGAACUGGCAGGCCACUCUGGACAGCGAUACAACUUCCUCCACUGAAUCCUCUCCUUUCAGCUCGCCACUGCUGACCAGGUGCCCCGCCAAGUCUUCCCUCUUCAAAGCACUGAGCCAUGAACUGCUGUUGUCAAGGAACAUGAGAAAGGCAAUGGUGUCCAGGAACAAUUCCCUGUCCACAGAUGAAGGCAGCUCCACAGACAAUAGCCCCAAUGUCAUGAGGAGGGCAUCAGAUGGGUUAGCCGAAGGCCUGCCGAGCAGCUACAGCCUGGCACCACCCAGCAUCUUCCCCACGGAUUUGACUCUGCACAGAGAGAGAGUAAUGAAGGAGAGAAUGGCACCCAUAGGAAAAGAUGGCAGCCUGAGACUCUCAGCAGAGUACUGCCCAGAUAACCAGAGACUACGGGUUCGACUGAUCAGUGCGGAAGGCCUGUAUCCGCUCUCUGUCGACCCUAAGAUUAUCAACUGCAGCGUCAGCCUCUCUCUGGGGCCCGGAAAAGUCCAGAAGCAGCGCAGCACAGUCAUCAGAAAGAGCCGUAAUCCGAUCUUCAAUGAGGAUUUCUUCUUUGAUAGUAUCUCAGAGGAAGACAUUAGCCAGCGUUCCCUUCGCUUUAAAGUGGUGAACAAAAUGUCCAGCCUGAAAAGAGACUAUCUCCUGGGUGACUGUGAUUUGCCUCUUUCUAGCAUUGUGACAUCAUAA